GACCGCGCACGCGUGUUACCGGCAACCCUACGUCAGUGGUGCGAAGGCGCGGGGACGCGAAACACAUCGCCAUGCCUAAGCCGACCCCCGUCGAGGACCUCAUCAUCCCGCCGCAAGAUCAAAAAAUAUGCGGAACGAUCUGUGUUUGUCAAAUGACAGCGGUUCUGAGUGCAGUAGCUAUCGUUUACCUGACAGUUGCUAUAUACAUGCCGUAUACCCGAGCUAUCGCUUCAGGAAUCGAUCCAACACCAAUCAUGUGUACCACUACACGAGCUGUUAACAAAGAGAACUGUGAUUGGGGUUCGUGUGGUGAAUGGUGUCUCAGCAAAACAUCCGGAGCUUGCAUUCAAAUCUAUGUCAACGUGAGAAAGAAUGGUUCCUCAUUAUUAUUGGCCGAAUGUGGCAGUGCUGCUAAUAAAACAUGUUAUGGAAUCGAUCAAGAAAAUGCCAAGAAAUAUCACUGCAUUCGUGACGAAUGUCGUAACCUGACAGGAACAUUUAAUUGUACCGAAGGAAAAUGCAUCAAUAUAACAGACGCUUUCGAAUGCGCUUUCAGAGAAACAGACCCACCGUUAAAAUGUUCCGGCAGACGUGGCAAAAUAACAUGUAUAGACGUGCACGGUUUAUUUUCAUGUAAUCGAGGAACUUGUAGAAAAAUUAGAACACCCUAUAAUUGUGACCGACGAUGCGUUGAUAUUCCGACUCGUAAUAAGAAUGUUAUUGUACUUAGUGGUGACAGAGUAUUUUUAGCUAGAUGUGCGAAAUUAGCACAAGAAGACGGCGGUAAUAUAGUCUGGACAGAUUCUGGUGAGGAGGUUCUAAUGCUUUCAUGUCACGCAGUCCAUAAUGGAACAAAUGGAGUAGUCGCCGUAGAUUGUAUUAACGCAGCCUUACUACCUCGUGCUGAUAUCGCAGAUUUGACCAAUUUUACGUAUCUGCAGUAUCUCUACACAAUGAGAGCUACUCCGAAUCGUCUCAUAGCUCCGUCAGAAGUCGAACUGACAUUAGCCAACGAUAGUCGUCUGAUGAUCAAUUUGGAGGGUUGCGUCAACACGCUCGCUGAUGAAUGCAAAGAGUUUUUAAAAGAUUAUGGUCGUGAUGGUACUGAUCAUAAUGCGAAGGCCAGAUUCCCUUGCUUUUACACAGAAAAUAAUCCGGACACAGUUGUAGCUAGAUUCGAUUUGGAUGCUACGUUCCGUCAGUUCUUAGUGGCUUUAGUUUUACCUACUGUCUUGGUAGUUGUUUCGUGUAUAACUUUAUUGUUGUGCCAGAAGACCGUAGAAGUUGGUGAUGAUGCUAAGAUGAGAUUCAAAGGUUGUGCCAGUGGUCAAGCUGAAAUGCAAAUGCAUCCGAACGAUCCUGUAUCACCCCUCUGAGAUCAGUCACGCGUACCCCUCCUUUGUGAGGGUCCGGCUAGUUCAUUAAGAGACGACUAAGUGCUUUCAAUGCUUUAACUGCCUUAACCUUCCUCAU